AUGUCAAUCCCUGGCAAAUUCGGCUUCGGCACCAUGUCUUUGACCUGGACUCCAACUCCCGCUCCUUUGGAACAGGCACUUGAGACAAUGCACUACUCUGCCUCAAAGUAUGGAGUUCGCUUUUUCAACGGAGGGGAAUUCUAUGGGCCAGACCUCAACAAUAUCCUGAUUUUGGCUGAGUUCUGGAAAGCAUACCACAAGGAAUUUCCUGACUUGACCAUUUCUAUCAAGGGAGGAUGUGAUCUCAAGACGUUAGCACCAGAUGGAUCGAAACCCUCUAUCAAAAGAAGUGUCGACAACAUCCUUAAAUUCUUUCCUAGAGAAAUGAACCCUAGACCAAAACUUAUCUUCGAGAUGGCCCGUGUUGACAAAACCGUUCCUUAUGAUGAGACAAUAGGAUUUAUCAAGACCCACGUGGAUGCUGGAGAGAUCGACGGUAUCUCGCUUUCGGAGGUCGGAAUCGACUCUAUUCGUAAAGCUCUGAGCGUGUCUCCAAUUCAAUUUGUCGAGCUCGAAUUGUCGCUCAUCUGCCAAGAUAUCUUGGAUAACGGAAUUUUGAGAGAGCUUUCCGAACAGAACAUCACUGUGGUGGCAUACUCUCCUUUAGGAAGAGGGUUCUUGACCGAAAGAACUGCCAACGACUUUGACUCAUUCUACAAAUUAUGUCGUCGCGAGGGCGAUGUGCGUGGUAUGAUUGACAAGUUUUCCGAGAAAAACUACUGGGGAAACACGAAAUUCGCUGCCAAGCUUCAGGAGUUCGCACACAAAAAGAACACAACCUUAGAAGUAUUGGCUUUGUCGUGGAUUUUGGCCCUCAGCGAGAACACAGAUCUCUAUGGCAUCAAGAAGAUUGCUAAGGUUGUGCCUAUCCCAAGUGGAAGUACCCCAGAAAAGGUGGACGCCAACUUAGGCCUGGUUGUAGACUUAACUCACGAUGAUUUGGAGGAGAUUGCUCAGAUCGCAAAGAACUAUCCAAUUCAGGGUUAUCGUUACAAUGCUCAUCAUAAGGCGUUUGAGUUUGCCUAA